GGCGCCGAGGCUUCGACCCCCCCUUUGUACCUGGCCAAUCACCCCACUCUUCUGAGAUAUCUCGGUUGUUGCUCCACCCCCUCUGCCAAUCCGGGGAGGUGCUGCAGACUACCACAUGCCUCCUCCGAUACAUGUGGAGUCGCCAGCUGCCUCUUUUCACCUGACAGUGAGGAGUUUCGCCAGCGGGACGUAGUGCGUGGGAGGAUCACGCUAUUCCCCCCAGUUCCCCCUCCCCCCCCGAACAGGCGCCCCAACCAACCAGAGGAGUCGCUAAUGCAGCGACCAGGACACAUUCCUACAUCCAGUUUCCCACCCACAGACACGGCCAAUUGUGUCUGUAGGGAUGCCCGACCAAGCCGGAGGUAACACGGGGAUCCGAACCGGCAAUCCCAUGUUGAAUAUGUCUGCAGGUUGCCUGAGGUGGAUGCUGAGACAUGCGGUCUGCAGCAUAUAUGGUGGUAUCCCUGCCAACUGGACACCAGCAUCUAGGUUUCUUGUCGGUACUGUGAGGUCUAAAAACAUUACAACCUCCUGGAGACUGUCUCUAUUUUCCACUGCAGUAGAUGACACCCAAGAUGGCCCUGCACCUCCGAGGAAAAAGCAGAAUCCCCGGGCUCAUGCCAGCAUUGGCAGCAUUGGUCGCAAAAUCCACCAACGCCAUCUGCAGUUGAUAAGUGAGACGGGUGAGAACCUGGGUACCAUGCAUCGUUCUGAUGUCCUCCGUCUCAUGGACGAGAAGGGUCUCAAGCUGGUGCUUCUCAGUGAGCGUGCAGACCCUCCCGUGUACCGCCUGAUGAGUGGGAAACAGAUCCAUGAAGAGCAGCUGAAGCUGCGUGAGAAAGAGAAAACCAAGGCAGCUCCAGUGCAGGUGAAGGAACUUACGUUUUCCUCUGAUAUCACGACCCAUGACCUCUCCACCAAGCUGAAACAAGUCCAGACUUGGCUAAGUAAGAAGCACCAUGUCAGGAUUACUCUGCGGUCAGGACGAGUGGAACCAAAGGUCUCCCUGGACACUACUCUGGAGCAGAUGGUACAACAAAUAGAAGUAAUGGUGGGUUUUAUUUCCAAGCCGAAAGCCGUACGUGAUGGAAAAGCAGCCGUGUGUGUUCUCCGUCCGCCUUCAGCGAAAGAGCUGUCGCAAAAGGGUCAGAACAAGUCUUCUGCUGCGCAGGCCACAAAUUCCAGCCCACAGACCACCCAGCCAAGUGCAUCCCCAGAUAAAACACAAGAGGCUCAGUGCAGUCAUUUAUUUGGACAAAACGUAACAUAGCACUUGUGACUUCUUUGUGUGUUUGAGUGAACAACUAUUUCAGUGAAUAAAGCAUCGGACUGAGGUCUGAGACGGAACGUC